AUGGAACAGAUAGUAGUUCAAAUGGAACAAGAUAGUAGUUCAAAUGUCACAAGAAAUCGUAAAGGCACGCAGGAGUAUACGAAACAGGCAGACUUCAGCUACGAGAAAAUCAUCAGCAAAUCGGUAGCUGCAGCCGGACUAUGUUCAUGGGUGGUUAACAUCCUCAAGUACUAUGAUAUCUUCGUGGUGGUAGAGCCAAAGAGGAAAGCUCUGGCUCAAGCUACCAAGGACUUGAGUGAAGCAAGGUGGCCGUUGAUGAUAGAUCCCCAGCUGCAAGGUGUCAAGUGGAUCAAGACAAGAUACGGUUCCGCACUGAAAGUAGUCAGGCUAUCGCAGAGGACAUACCUGGAUACAAUAGAGAAGUGCAUCUCUGAAGGAAUGGUUGUGCUAUUGGAAAAUAUCGGUGAACAUUAG